AAUCGCCAUUCGUUCUUGCUUAUCAUCUCUGUUUUAAUAUGGUUUACUUUUCCCGCACGCGGAGGGAUAUCAACCUCUCUCUUUAGAACAGCAUGUCAGCGGCCGAGCAGCGGAUGUUCAUGUGCCACAGACCAUAUAGGUCUCUCUGUAUUCUGUGACGGUCAGGGGAAGUCACUCUUCCCCUCAGACCUGCCUGCUCCGGCAAUUAAAAUCACUCUACUUGACUAUCAAGUUUCAAACAUCAGUCGAUCAGAUUUCUUUGGUGCCGAGAAUCUAACAGAACUGAAUGUUAUAAACAGCAAAAUAAAAACUUUGGACGACUGGGCUUUUGACCAUCUUCAUAAGCUGCAAAAAAUAAAUUUAACGCAAAAUGAGUUAUCCGUGGUUGGCAAAUACGAUUUUUACCACUUGGUGCAUUUACGAGAAAUUGAUCUCAGCCUAAAUAAUAUCAGCUAUAUUGCUGGAGAUGCAUUUUAUUCUCUCCAUAAUCUAAGAGACGCGUAUUUGUUCGGUAACCCAUUACAGUGUAAUUGUGAGAUGCAAAGAUUCCUCAAUUGGAUCAUUCUUAGAAGGGAAAAUGUGUCAGUAGUGGAUGCUAUAUGCGCAAAUAACAACAACACACUUCUCAAUGAGACGAAAGAUUUUGGAAUAUGUCAAGAUUCCACUUUGUUUCGAAAUCACUCUUGUUACCAGUGUAGCGGGGGAAAAUCCCACAGUGACUGUAUUAAACAAUCCUGUGUUACAGAGCAGGUUUGCUUUUCCCGGAUGGAAUUUGCAAAUGAUAGCAUUUCGUUUUACAAGGGAUGUACAUCUGAUGCAAUUUGUACUAAUCGAGAGAAACAAAACGUGAACAGUUGUUACAAUUCAAGUGGAUUACGUAAUUGUUAUUUUUGUUGCCUUGACAAAAAUUGCAAUGAUAACACACUAGGGAGAAGAACAAAAGAGAUCCUGUUUUACAUCCCAGUGACUAUGUCUGAGUUAAGUUCUUCAUAUUUCUCUCUGGGUUACAAUACGAGUGUAACUGCCUCGCUAGACAAUAUGCAAAACAAUAUUCUGUCCAAUUUUAGCAAGAGCAGCUGCUUCUUUUCAAAUAGUGAUAUAUUAGUCAAAAAAGUAGGCCCACCACAGCUCACCAUCUACUUCAAAGCUUCUUGUACGACGUUAAAUGAGUAUAAAGAAAACGAAAUUACAAUGGCAUUGGACACAUAUUUGAAAGGCUUGUCCACAGAUUCUGGAUUUCCACAGACAAUUGUUAACAUCAGUGUCUACUACGGGGGAACUGGUGUUUGUGAGUCAGAGGAGACAGGAAAUUACGUCAUAAAUGGUGUUUGGCCUGCCACUCAGUAUGGGGAUACAGCACAGAUCUACUGCGCGGACAAAGUUAUCGUCAAACGAAAUUGCACACAGUAUGGCUGGUUACCUCCUCCAAAUAUAACUCAAUGUUCCAUAAAACAAGGAAUAACUAACAACCCCAGCACAAUCUUCAUGACAGUCACCGCCAGCCUGCCGUCACUGGAAGAGAUCGCUAAACGUACAGUGGAUGACGAGUCCGCAGAUGAAAUUGCUGAACAGCUAUUCAAGCAAACUAUGGUGGCAGAUAAAUUUACGGAUAGAGAAAUAAACAUAACAGUUUCUCUGCUUGAAGAUCUGGAAGGACUCCAAAGUACCUUCAUUACAAGAGACAGAGAGAGAAAUAUUGUAAAAAUAAUGAGCAACAUCCUAAAUACUACUGAGACACAGCUCAAUCUCUCGGAAGAGAAGUUUCAGUCUGCCAGCAGAUUGCUAGAUUCUGUUCAAAAAUUAUCAAAUUCUACGAACAUUCUAAAAGAAGAUUUCAAAGAGAUUGCUUCAAACAUCGGUAUUAUGGCAACAGCUAUCAACAGAACAGAAUUUAAUGGAAUAUCUUUGGCAUCUCUGGAUCAUCCUAGCGAAGAACUUAAUCUUUCAAACCUGAUAUUGACAAAGAAUGGAACCGUUCAGCGGGAUUCUACAUCCUGGAUCAUUCUUCCCAGGCAACUGUUGUCUGAGCUACCGUCUAACUCAUCACCAACAAGGGUGACACUGACAGCUUUCAAAAACGACAAAAUAUUUAGGGCUUUACGCUCAAACGCAAAAGAUCCCAAUACGGUCGAAGGCAUUGUAUAUCGACUUCAACCAAACAGCAUUAUUGUGGCAGCACAGGUUCCCGGGGUCCAGGUGGAGAAACUUCUCCAUCCAAUAGAAAUGAGAUUUCAACAAAACUCCAAGACCAAAGAGAAUGCAACAGCAACUUGUGGAUAUUUUCUUGAGGCGGGUCGUAACAAAGGCUUUUGGUCAAACAGAGGUUGUAAGGUCAAAGUUCACAGGCCAGGGGAAUAUACGGAAUGUCAAUGUAACCAUCUCACAAACUUUGCCUUAUUGAUGGAUGUGUACCGUGCUGGAGGAAAAAUCAGUGAAACCAAUAAGAGGGCCUUGACCUACCUGUCUUACCUGGGCUGUGGCAUCUCCCUUAUAGGUCUAACUCUCACACUCAUCACAUACUGUAUGUUCAGAAAAUUACGCAGUACCAACCCAGGAAAGAUUUUAAUAAAUCUUUGUUUUGCAAUUACGGGUACAGACUUGAUAUUUCUGGUUGGUCAACAAGAAUACACCCUGAAGAGUGAACUAGGCUGCAAGAUUAUUGCUGCAUCUCUCCAUUAUUUCCUUCUCUCUGCCAUGUGUUGGAUGUUGAUAGAGGCAUACUACCUGUAUGUUGCUCUGAUUCAAGUGUUUAACACUCACAUUUCACGAUUUAUUUUGAAGACAACGUCCGCCGGAUGGGGUACCCCUUUAGUGAUUGUUGCUGUUACACUAGGCGUGAGUACGGAGAACUAUGGUACUCAGGGAGGAGGGAUAUGUUGGUUGAAGCCAGUAGCAUUUUACGCUGCCUUUCUUGUACCUGUUGGCAUAAUUAUGAUUAUAAAUCUAAUUAUAUUUGCCUUGGUUCUUCAUCGGCUUUCUGGAGCGGCCUCAAAAAAUCUUAACAAGAUAAAAGCCACGAAAACAUCAUCGCGACUGCGCAGGGCGGCAACUUUAGUGUUCAUGUUGGGACUGACAUGGCUGUUUGGUAUUUUGACCUUCAAUGGAGGGGUACCAGUUUUCCAAUAUCUGUUUACAAUAUUUAACUCUCUACAAGGGUUAUUCAUCUUUGUAUUUCAAUGCUUGCUGAAGGCGGACGUUCAGGAGGCCUGGAAAAGGACUUGCUGUGAUGGAUAUAAAGACAAGAUCUCCAAAACAUCCAAAGGCUACCCCAGAAGUAGAGAAGACAGAUCUACUGUAGAUAUGUCCAGCAUGGAUAUAAAAGCCAGACACAGGGGAGGAAUAGAAAAUGACGUAUCUAACAAAACUGAUGACAAAGAACAUUCUGCAUUGAUCAUGUCUACGACGUGGUAGCACCGACAAAAUUAUUUAAAGAAAUGCUUCAUAAACAUUAGCCUAAAUCAGUAAUGGAAACAUCUCUUUGCUUUCAAAUAUUGUUACCGAGACAAUAGCGUUGUUCUUUAAAGAAUUCCAUUUUCAAAUAAAAUCACAAGAGAAUUAAACGCCAAAAUUUAUAGGAAAUAAAAAAAAAUAUGUUGUUUUAUUUCCACAGACAAGAAAGAGAGGAAAAAUCCGUCGUCAAUUCAUUUGUAUAUAAUGGCCUAACAAUUAGUAUGAAAAAUGUCAGCCAGCAUUUGACUUGAUGAAAAUUUUUAUUUUCUGAUAAGGCCAUUUUAAUACGAACACAGAAAUUACGAAAUGACGACGUUUAACGAGACUGCUGAUAUUAUUGUUGCAUUCGUACAUUUACCUGCCUUGUCAUUUGCAAAACUAUUUUUGCUAUUAAAAACCCCAUUCUGAUUGUACAAACAAUUUCGUUGAAAUUGAUAUUGAAAAGCUGCUUGUGUGAUUAACAUUAUGUGGUUUUUAUUCGAGAUUAGGUCCUCCAACAAUCUAUUUGAAUU